AUGGAAGGAUCCUCAGAAUCCAAAAUGCAACUGCUCCUUCAACAUAUUCGCACCUUUCCGGACUUUCCUAAACAGGGCAUUAUGUUCAGGGAUAUAUGUCCUAUCCUGAAGGAUCCAACUGCCCUAACAGCAGUUAUUGACUUGUUUGAAGAACAUGUGGUCAAGAAAAACUGGAAGGUCGAUCUCAUUGUAGGAUUGGAUGCUCGUGGUUUCCUGUUUGGGCCCCUCCUUGCCCAGCGGCUGGGAGUUGGGUUUGUCAUGGUCAGGAAGAAAGGAAAGCUGCCUGGUGCCACUGUGUCUGUGGCAUAUGAUUUGGAAUAUGGGAAGGCUGAAGCAGAGAUCCAAGAGGAUGCAGUAAAACCAGGGCAGAAAGUGUUGCUUAUUGAUGACCUUCUAGCUACUGGAGGUACUCUGUUUGCAGCUUGUGAACUAAUGAAGAAACAGCAUGCGGAUAUUCAAGGCUGCUUGGUCGUUAUAGAACUUCUUGAAUUAAAAGGCAUUGAGAGACUGAAACCAUACAAUGUAUUCUCUCUGGUUCAGUACUGA